AUAUUUGCUCCGGCUACGCCCCUCCCUACCAAACCAAUGCCUAUUUUCAGACAAUUGUGUGGCUUUGCUGUGUGGGCAUUCUGACAGUAACAAACAUUUUGUCACUUUAAAAAUGUGACAUUUCCGAUAAAAUCAAAUGCAAAAAUCAGCAAGUUCUUGAGACACUUUGAAAAGACUUUGUAAAAAGUCGCAGAAGAGGCUGUGUUGUUACAAUGGUAUUAUGACAAUGAGUCGGCCAAUAUAGGUUCUAGUGGAUUAAUACUUGUGACGGAUAACACUGGAAACAUGGCAGGUAAGGGAACAUGGACGGCAUUGUUCAUAGUUCUGAUGACUCAUGUCACUUAUGGAUAUACAUGUCAUUCCGGCUGUGUCUGUGCUAAUAAUUUCACCGUGGUUACCUGUACAAAACUACAGAUGUUGAAGGUAAACAAUCUCCCUCCACACACAAAAGAUCUCAGCAUCACCAAAAGUAACGUGGGACCCGUGUUCAACUACUCUCUCUCCCCCUUAGUGGAGUUAGAACUCAUAGACCUGUCACAGAACAGCCUCACAGAAAUAGCGGGAGAAGUUUUACGCCAUCUUGGACGUGUAAAAAGAUUGAGUUUCCGCGGCAACCGACUACAUCGUCUUUUUGAUGAUGUCUUCAUGCACACAACUAACUUACAAUUCCUGGAUCUCAGUCAUAACAGUUUUUCUGUUAUUCCUGAUGUGCCUUUCAGAUUUCUUCACAAUCUGAAAGUUUUGAAUUUGAGUUUCAAUCACCUAACAACACCUGUUCUAGGACUAAGAUUCCAAGUAAUGAUAAAUAUGGAGCUUUUAGAUUUUACUGGAAACAAUUUCCAUACAAUUCCAGCAAAGACUUUUGAAAUGACACAGAACUGGAAUGAUGCCAUACAAAUUACCCUGAAUUUUUCUUUUUGUGGUAUUCAUAGUAUUGAAGAAGGAGCAUUUGAUGAUUUGAGAAAACUCAGGACACUUCUACUGACUGGAAAUUCUCAUUUAACUUCAGAAAAUUUGACUUCAACUUUCAACUCCUCUGAUUUUUCAAGCUUGGUUUCGCUGAAUUUAUCAAAGAUGAACUUAACAGACAUUGGGAAUAUCCUUGCAGCACUUCAGAUGGCUCCACUUGCGGAGCUUUUCCUGUCUCACAACAAACUAACCAACAUUCCUCAUACAUUAUCUGACUACCACGCCAAUCUCAAGGUCCUCAAAGCUCACCACAACAAGAUCACAGAAAUUGGAACAUCUUUGACCCAAAUACUGACCUUAACUCACCUUGACCUUUCAUACAACAAGAUUGCAAGUGUGGACUCAACAUUUGGUGGAAACCUUGUCAACUUACACACUUUAAUUUUGUCAAACAAUACAAUUGGUGAUGAUAUGAUUGUAGUAACAAGCAUGGCUUCUCUAGAACAUCUAGAUCUCAGCAACAAUCAGAUUUCAGUUUUUGGAAUUCCAGACUCACUUACAAAUUUACAGAUUCUGUUCCUCGCCGGAAACAGUAUAAGUGAACUCAACCAGCUGAUGGGUCUCAACAGCUUGUUAGAAUUUGACAUCAGUCGCAACCAACUUUCGGAACUCAAAGCUUUUCUUUUUCCAGAUUCUUCAAAUAUACAGAGGGCAAAUUUUAGCGGAAACGUUAUUUCCGAGGCAAACCAUCAAUCUUUCCGACGAAAUACCCCUAUCAUCAUAGAUAUUUCGUUUAACAAACUGCAACAAAUCUCAAAUUUGGGAUGGGAAGAAGCAGAAGAGGUUCACCUUCAGGCAAAUCUCAUAUCGGAAAUGGACAGGAACACAUUUUAUGGAUUAUAUGGAGUAAAGUAUCUGGACUUAAGUCAUAACAUGCUGACAGGUUUUGAUGCAGAUGGGUUUGUGUAUUUAAGGAAUAUAACUGAACUCAUUAUGAACAACAACGAUCUUAUGGAUUCCAAAUCUUUACGAACCGCUUUGUCGGCUUUGUCUAAACUUGAGAAGCUUGAUAUCAGUCACAAUAAUUAUACAAUGUUCCCCUCAAACAUGUUAAAGAAAAAUAAACUCCUUCGCAGUUUAAAAGUGAAUGACAAUAAGGUGUUGACGUUUCAACCCGAUUUAUUUAAUCGUUUAGCCCAUCUGGUGGAAAUCGACUUGUCCAACAACAUUUUCCGCUGCGAUUGUGCAUUACUGGAUUUCAGGGAUUGGUUAAGGAAAACCAAGGUUUUAGUGAUACAUCGCUUAAAUACAAGCUAUAUGUGUGAAGGACCAUCUGACAGAAAAGGUAUGUGGGUUGUCAAUUACAGUGUGGGAAAGUUUGAAUGCCAGCAAACCCUCUUGUACAUCAUCAUUUUUUCGUCAGUCGGGGCUGUGCUGAUGUUAGUUAUCGUCAUUGGAAUACUUGUGUUCAAGGGUUAUUACCAAUGGCGAAAAAAAUUGAGAAACAGUCAACGUGAUUACACCAUCGAAUAUGAAUCGGUCAGCAGCCGUCCCCCAGUCUUAGAGGGGAAAAGACCAAUUAUACGUAACAAGCCAAAUGUGUAUAUGAAUGGUGGUCAUCUAUCUAAGCAAAUAUCUAGAGAUAGUUUAGAUUUCGAGGUAGAAAACUUGAUGAGGAAAAGACAGAAAAAGGACAGGAUGUUUAACGGUUACGUAGGAAUACCACUAGUUGGACUAGCAAAGGAGAAAGACGAGACGAAAACAAAAAAGAAGAAAAAAUCUAAACAAAAGGAGAAGCCCAAACAGAAAACAAGUGAAAAGUCAAAACUGACCAAAGGGAAAAAAAGACAACUUGAGAAGAUUAGAGGACAGUCACAGAGAGAUUUUCUUAAGGAAAUAAUGUUAAAGAACAUGAAACGAGAUGCUGCCCAGAGAUAUGCUCAGAAAAUGAACCGCUAUCAUGAAGGAAGGAAUGACCUCAUGGUAAGUAGUAUGGUGCCAUAUUUUUACGAUAGGCAUGGGGUUCGACAUUCCACAGCAAACAUGCUUUCAAGGAGUCGCCAUCAAGACAUUCAAGGUCACGGUGAUGUCAUCAGGGUACCCCGACCCAUCCCCAGGCCACGCCCUAGACAUUCCCACAGUGUCCCUGACAUGUACGGCUACGUUAACUCAAUACGACGUGGAAAAUACCCUCUUAAUCCCCAAGUCCAAGUUGUUAAUCACCAUGGUAACAGACAUCUGAACCCAAGCUCUCAGGACCUUGCUUCCUCUAGACGACGAUACAGGUCUCUAGGAAACCUUCGACCUAUGGCAGAAAGUUAUGGUCAUGGUCAAGGUCGAUCCCAUCAUCAGAGUGAAACAGACUUGUAUCGUAACCGAGACAACAUAUUUUUGCCGGCACGCUAUGAUGAUGUGAAGUAUCAUACUAUCAGUGCAAGGUCAUCAAGAGGUCAGUUUGGCAGUAGGUCAGAAUGGAUAUAAGAAAAUGGAUUUAUUUCACACAAUUUCAAUUAUUUCACUUCAUAACUGUAAUGCAUGUACUUUACAGUGCUUUAGUGUUUUGGGAUUAAACUUCUGCGAUUUAGUGUGUAGACGGCAUAUUCGCACAUUUCAAACAGUACCAAUUAUAUAGGGAAUGUUGUUUGUGCUAUGCACUAGUGCUUUUAUGUGAUAGACCCAACAGUGGAAAUAUAUAAACCAUACAGCAGAAAUAAACCUAACUAACAGUGAUAAACCUUACACCCAAGAUGCCGGUAUAACUGUGGUCACUUUUGUGAUUUCCCACAAAACUAAGAAGCAUGCAGCCAGUUUGACUUCCUGUCCAGCGGAAACAUUGCUAUUUUGUACAAAUGGCUUUAGUCGUGCUCAUUAUAAUACAAACCACAUUUGACAUUUCUACACGUUUUAUCAAAAGCCACAAAAGAUAAGUGUAUCAGGCAUCUAUUAACGGGGCCACCAGUGAACAAAACCCGUAAGGUGGGAAUAAAUCAAAACGAAAAAGGUAGAUGUAUCUCUGUAUUGCUCUCAAACUUAUUAUUGUCUUUAAUGAAGAAAAAGUGAAAUUGAUAUAAAUUACAACCCAAGUACUGGUCACCAAUGGGUGUUUGUGGUCACUAGUGUGACCAAUGAAGAUGCCACUUUGUGAUCUGCAUAUAUAUAUUUACAGUAUACCAGGAAUUUUUUUGGCUGCAGUUUUAUUUUCCCAUUUUUCUCCCUCCAUAA